GUCAACCAAUCUCCAUGGCGGCGAUGCUGAAAUCACCUGUCUGCACGACUCGAGAAGGCAUGGGCCAAUUGGUCAAGUAUCUACCACUUUUAGUUGGUCGCAACGCUUGCAGUGACAAGGACUUCGUGGUCGGAAAAACCAAGCUCUUCAUGAAAUUGAACGUUCAACGAGGCUUGUUUUACCAGAAGAAUCUAGCUUUGGCAAAUCAUGCUAUCGUUUUGCAGCGGAGCUACAGGGGACAUCGUGUGCGCAAGCUGACAAGGAAAACCAUAGCUUUGCAGACAGAAGUAGCGGCAUUUUUAAAGCUCGCAGAUGGUGUCUAUGGCAUCGAUGUCGCCAAACGACUAGCAAAGAACAUGCGACAUAACUUGGAAAGCGCUAGCAACAGCGGUGCGUCUUCCGCAGACGAGGGAGAAGCAGGGCCAUCUUCUGUAGUGUCAAGUGCUUCCUCGAGAUCUGCUAGCGGAGGUGAUCAUCUUAGUGCCGGAGCACAGAAAAAGCCAUCAACGCUUGUGCCUUCAGCCUCUAUUCACUUGGUGAAGAAGACUACUUCAACGUCUAAAGAUGUAGUUGCAGCAGCUCAACAAGUAGGUUACGAAGCAGUCGAAACUGAACUACGCAAACAUCGAGACUGGUGUGUAGAGCGUAGUGAGUAUGGUAACGACUUGAUCUUGCUGCCGAGGAACUUAUUCCUUUUGGAAGAAAUCGCACACAAGAUGACUGCGGAGAUCGAGUUGCUGUGCUUCUUGCACACGAAGGAAUACCUGAAGAUCGAAGACGUGGUUCUGCUGAACAACUAUCUUGCUCAAGCACGAGGUCUAGACCUAGGUGAUGACUCAGCCACGAAAGUAUUAGAGGAUCGGAUUCAUCGGAUUACAACACAACUUCCAUUGUUUGAGGCUUUGGAAAACGUUACAACUACUAGUACUAGUACUGCAACUGGUGGUGGUUGUUCUAGUACGAGUACUAGUGGUUCUACUUCUCCAACUACUGCAAUAGAUGCCGAAGAAGUCCACCGUGUAAUCGAAGGAGUAAGAAAAGCAGAUGCCAAGCUGUUUGAAAAUAGUGAACGAUGGAUCCGACCAGAAGGGAUGGAGCUGUUGAAGAAAGCCCAAGCAAAACUCGAAGAUCUAGGCGGGUGGCCACCAAAGAGAAAAAAUGAGCCGGAGCCUGUGGCUGAGGAACCUAGUGUAACAGGUGCGAAGGCAUCUCCGGAGAAGCAGGAAGCAUCUGCUCAAGAAGGAGAUGGCAGGGCAUCUCCUAGUGGUAAAGACACUAAUAUGUCUCCAUCUUCUUCAUCUCAACAAGGAGUAUCUAGGAAGUUAACCAUUACCGGCAUGGUGCAAUCGCAAGUAGAGGAGUUGAAGCGCGAUUUGUACAACGCGAAAUUGACGUACGAUUGUCAGCAGCUCGAAUAUUUGCUGCAACGCGCGACUGCGAAGGGAUUGAAAGGUGAGGAGAUCCUCCCUUACCGGCAACUUCACCAAAAGCUCUGCACUUCGGAGUACGUCGUCUCACUGCUCACGCACGUUUCACGGCAGCUGUUGCAAGAGCAGAGGAACACCAGUUCCAGUACUAGUGCUCGAACAAGAGAAAGUACAUCAAGUAGCUCAAGCUCAUCUUGUUCCUCGUCUUCCGGAGCAAAUGCAGGUUCAUCUCCGUCUUUAGAAAAGAAGAAAGGACUGCAACAACAGUCCGUCCAGAACCUCCUAGAGCAGGGGAAGCGCCUACAUUUGCCACGUCAAGUGAUUGACUCCGCAGCAGCUAUUUUGCGUGAUACUUUGGGUCCGUCGUGCAAUAACGGCGAGAAGCGGAGGAAGAGUGUCUUUAUGAGUGCGGAGACGACCGAAGCGGAACUGAGACUUGCCAUGAAGGAGUUUGGGAACCUCUACAACUACCCGGGAUUACGAGAAAAGAAGCCGGUUAUUGAUCCGUACUUCUUCUUUCUUUUGUGAUUGCGGCCGUAGUAUUGAGAGAGUACUACUAGAACUAGAAGUACUUGCACUUCUUCUACAAUAUUAAAGUUGUCGACUUCCCAAUUCGUGAGAAUAAAAUUCCAUGUAGUACUAGUCCUAGUAUUUUCCCAUUCACGUUGGAACGACAUCAGUACUACUGCGAAUGACUAGUCCAACUACAACUUUUUAACAACUUCCAUUUUCCACAACCACCCUCCACAUCAGAAAAACCGGACAGGAUCUCUUCCUAGAGCACGGUAAGCAGAGACUACGAGCGCCAUUGACCACGUGUGUACCAGCCAAGCAUGUAGGAACAGUGUUGCAGUGUUUCCGAAACAUCCUAGGAUGGAUGAACGACAGACCAGUCCCAGAUAGCAAGAGGGUUGUGCUGGCGUUUACUAUCGUACUUACUGCUUAAAUAAUUUGAGUUCAACGCGUUGUAGUUUCAGUUUUUGCUCGCCUUCGCAAAAAUCAGUACACUCAACACAUACUAAGCGUUGCACGACUCUACUAGUAGUAGUAGUCUGACAUUCCAGGACCAGGCCAUCCAUUUCAUCCUUACUCCACUUAAGGUUGCCGUCGCCAAAGCCGAGGUCGAAAUCCGCAACGAGGUUUUCCUGCAGUCUAUCAAGCAAGUCCGCGGUAAUCCCAAUGCCCGUUCAGAGUUGCUUGGCUGGAAGCUUCUGCACCUGCUUUCCCAACAAGCCGCACCCAAAGCAGAUCUGAUCGAAUUUGUUGUCUGCUUCUUGAAGCAAGGCAUCGAGUUGAACCGCAGGAACACGAAGAGACUCGAAAUUGCCGAUAUUUUAAGGCUUACCGUAAUUCAUCCUAAAGAGCAUCUCUGACCCCUUUUUUUACUAAGGGAAAAACGCGUCAGAGAUGCUUUCGAAGAUGAAUAGAAGUAGGGGCUAAAUAUUGCUAGAGAUUGCUUCCGAGCUUUGGAACAGAAUUUGGAGGAGAUGGACCAAAAAGAGCAAGAUCUGUUGGGUUAUUCGCUCAUUUACAAUAGACAUCUUCAAGCUGGAGCAGGUAGUUCUCUUCCAGCACAUCAUGAACAUCCGGGGGAAGUACUUGCGAAGAACAAGACAGCAGGAGAAGUGUGUGGUAGCCAAUCAGGGGUCUCAUCGUCAGCCUCCACGGUGAAGAUAGAAGUGUUCUUGAUGGACAAUACUGCGAGAAAGCUUCGCUGCAAGAUUAAGGCUGUAGCUAAUGCAUCUUUGACUGCAUCCUUGAAACUACUUACAUAUGAGGGAGUAUUGCUAUUUCAAUAUUACAAGGGAUGAAUGCCCUUGCCCCCCCAUGCCGCCCAUACUUUUCUUCAAGGAAGAUCAUGCACUUGAAACAAGAUCAUGAAUUUCGGACACUCUUCAGUUCUAACAAGAGGCACACAACGGUGGGCGAGUUGGGAACGAAGAUGGCAGAGAUCUUGAGGAUGUCUCCAGAGAAUAGCGUUGGCUUUGGCUUCUUCCAGUUGGUAGAGGACGUGAUCGAGACCCAUAGGAUUAUUCCGGACAACGUGGCUUUGGGAGAUUUAGUCGAUAAAUGGAACGCGAUGCACCGGAAAACUAACCGCCAAAGUAGGCUUCUCUGGAAACGGCAAUACCUGUUGAAAACUGAAAACGUCGUUUGCAAUGAUCAGAGCUUUGCAAGUUUGACUUUUCGGCAGGCAUAUUUCGAGUACAUGCGGUACCCAGUCGGACCUGGCAGCACGCAGUACGACGCCUUGCCGUUGUUUCAUCACGUGGCGUGCUCACUUCUCUUGUUGGAGCACGUGUUUUUCAGGGACUACAUUGAGGUACGGAAUUAUUGGUUAGUUGCAGUUUCUGAUGUUUGCUCAUCUAGUGGUCACAGCAUUUUUGAUCCAACCCUAGAGCCAGAUUUGUUCACAACGAAUGAUGUUCUAUUCUCAUCUUCUCGUCCAGACAGUACAAGUAGAAUUACUACCUAUUCGAAAACUCACAAUAAGCGAGCUACUGACUGAAAUAAGAGAGUCUUGUGACUACAUUCCUCUUCUUUCAGUAUCUCCCUUAUUUUCAAUAGUUACUCGGUUAUUACACCAACAUAAGUACUUUAUAAUAAAAUCAUCAUCCAGGCCGGCAACCUCGUUCCGAUCCUCGAAAAGCUUUUGCCCACCGUGUUAAUGGUGAUGAUUGCAGAACGCCAUGGACCGAUUCCGGAGGAAAAAAGAGGCACCAUUGUCCGCCAAAUGGAGGAAGUAAGUAUAGUCAACUCCCGAUCAGGUUCGUCAAGAAGCACAAGGCUCACCCAACUACGCGGCAACCACCUGAUCGUUCCUCCACUGGUCAACGAUCCAAGCUUCAUCGGCUUCCAUGUCGUGCAUAGCAAGAACAUUGACGCUUUUAGAGAGUUGUACGGAGGAAGUUCAUCUAGUGCUUCUACGACGUCAACAUCUUCUGACCAGCAGCUACAUGACCAGAAGGAUGGCGCAACUUCGACUAUAUUAUCGAGGACCGACACUUGCGGCGCCUCACCAAGCGACGUCGAGGGAGACGCGUCUACGACGUCAGGCCGUUCGUCUGUAGACGCGACUUCAUCCUUGGGCUCCAAUUCAUCUUCCCUGAGUAGUUGCAGGAACGGCAGUGCCAGUAUCUCUUUGGGGUCGAACCCGUCUAUGGCCUCGCCGAUUACGGGAACUUCUAGUGCUUCAUCUUCCUCGAGAGCUCGCUCAUGGGCAGAGACUACGAAUGCCCUUUGCCGACAGGCUGUGAACACAUCGCAGUCCAAUGCGCAAACAAGUGCAAUUCUUGCUUUAGGGAAUCAAGUCGUAGCUUCAACUGCUGGAACUGAUGCAACUGCGACUGCAGCGUCUUCCUCCACCUCUUCCAAGUCGUCUUCCUCAUGGCGCACCGGUUCAGCCCCUUUUAUCCUAGGAGACUGCGCAAACGUUCCCUCAUUGCGGGAUUUUUCAGAAGCGAUCUUGGACUUGUGGGAUCGCGAGUACAGGUUUCUCCAAGAAGACACAGCCUUGCAGAAGAUGAGUCGAGCAUUAAAUGGCAUGCAGCAAUUGCGAUACUAUGGAUCUUACUUCUACAGCAUCCAGGAACUGGAAACAGAGGCGAUAUACGAGAAGGACCCGAACCUGCAAACGGAUGUGCCGAUACGGUACUUAUUGUAGAUGCUUGAUGAUUUUUGAAUUGGAUUUGGUACUAGUAGUUCUUGUAGCUGCUCCUUGACCUUGUUUUCGACAUUUUGAAAGAUGAUGUACAACUAGACUUUUGGGGCUUCGCUCGAGGUUUCUGCUACCUCUCUAGACGUUUCCAGACUGUCUUGCAGUCUUGUUCUGUACUCCUGUUCUGAUGUGCUUCUGUCUUGUAGUCCUGUCCUGUACUCCUGUCCUGUGUUCUUGUCUUGCAAACGGAUGUGCCGAUACGGUACUUAUUGUAGACAUAGAAAUAUCAAACAACAGGGAACUUUCGCCACAUCCUUCGCGCCAGUACUGGAUUUGCAUCGAUUUAGAGGGUGUAACCCUUCUCGGCAAGGAACAGACGAGUCAGAAUCUCUCCUUCGUCAAGCGAUUCCUUUAUUUCACCGGUGCGCAGAGUUGCGUCACCAAAUGGGGAGCAAAAGACAGUGUUAUCUUGCUACAACUUACGAAUUUGGUUUUUGUUCAAUAUAUUAUAAGUAUCUUCUAGACAUUGAUGCCACAUUCUUCCUUUCAACUGGAAAAAACCAACCGGAAAAACACUUCAUUUUCCACAGCACCACCCGCCCCUUUCUUUUCUUCCCCAUCUAACCAAGUGCGCGAACCGAAUCUGCACUACUGCAGCGUGUUCAGUUGUAAGAUGGCCCUUGAUAUCGCGUACUGCAUGUUCCGUCUGAGCAAGACACGAAACUGUGGUAGCACUGCGGCGGCAUCGAACUGAAGCGAGCACCACGCUAUGGUGGGCGCGCGACUUCGAUAGAUGAAACAAUUUUGGCAGAUGAUGAAUUACUAAGAUGCAGUCAUCUUAAGGCUUUCCUUUCUUUGUGGAAGAAAUGUUGGAGGGCAGUGGGGAGGCUUGAUGGGUUUACCGGCCAACGCUUUUAAUGUGGAUAAUUCAGAUACAUAUAAUUUUUUGUUGUUGCAAGGAAUAGCAAGCAAGUUGUUGCAAGCACUAUGAUAAUGGAUACAGAUGGAUACAACAGCAUAUCUUACUUUUCUUUGGCUGUGAAGAUGCCACUGAUGUCAUGGUUUGUAGAAAGAUACAGUACAUGAUGGACCUAGCACGAUAGUAUGUGCUCUUUUUACCACCAACAGUUUAACCUAUUUAUCUUUAAGCAGAGAAAUUAGUCCUCGUUGUCAAGAAAAUGAUUCCUUCUUAUUUUUGAAAAUAUAACAGAAUUUUUUAUCCAGUGGAACAAGAGCACCACAGCGAUAGCGAAGGGUCAAAAUGAUAAGUUAGCAUCAAGGGCGCAAGCCUUAAAGAUAGUUUCGUUUUCUUAGGGAUUAUCGUUUCUUCAUGUAGAUGAUGUAGAAGUCGUCGUGAAAUUAGUGCAUGUAUUUGGGUGUUGUUCGAUAAAAAGAUAUGGCCGCGGCGAAGAUAUGUGUUAGUUGGUUGGUGGGACGAGCGGAGGCCUUCAGCUACGACGUUUCAUAGGGCGAAUUUAUAGGAAUAGGAGGUACCGUCACCGUGAGUAGUUUGAGUACCACAGGCAGAAAUUAACAUCAUCUUGUGUAAGAAGGCAUGCAAAGGCAAAUAAGAAGUGUUUUUUUUUCAGUUUUGGAAGGGUUUUGCUUUUUGAUUCAGACACCACUAAUACUUUGUCAUGGAUGAAUCAGUUUUUGGAGAUAGCGCAUGAAAGGCGUUUUGUCUUGAUUGGAAACAAAGAUCGUCGAACAAUAACAUGAAGGCCGUUGGCGCACUACGACCAGUAUGUAGAUGAUGGAAGAAUAUUUAGAGCAGGAUGUCGUCCAUUUGCAGCUUCUGCAAUAGUUUUCGUUGGGUUGGAAAUAUCACGCAUGUCAUCACAUGGGCAUCUUCCUCAUCGAGCAGUAUUUAGACUGUCUGCAAUGCAUAUUUUACCAUGAUCCACCGAUAGCUGUAAUGAGAUUCAUUUUGGAGUUUAGUUGGAUCUAGGAAUUUGGGGCGACUAGGACUACGACUAGUACUCACAUGAAAUGAAGACAUUUACAUCGGCUCGACACACGAUGACAACUUGGUUUCGCUUGAUUCAGCACAUCUGAUUCAAGCCUAGCACAUUGGUAGUUUGCUUGAUGAAUACUCAGAAUCAGGUUGAAGAGUCGCCAUGGUUGAACAUGAUUGAAAUUGAUUGUGUGGUGGUGAGCAUAGCAAUGGAAGGUAGUAAAAGAGAAACAGCAAUAAGUAGUGGAUGUGGCCAGCUUCAUGCCGUCGCCUGUUUUCGCUCG